AUGCAACAAUUCCCUGUGGCGAAGCAGGUGAACGCUUUGAACGUCACAGAGGACCCAUCAGGGUUCUUUCAACUCCUGAAUGAAACCAUGGACGAUGUACUGCGGAGGGCCCCGAGCAGUGGAUCGGGGAAGAAAGUGGCCGCCGCAGAGACUGAGUUCGUGGGCUCGCAACGGCUGUACACGCUCGCGGAGUGCACGCCCGAUUUGACCGCAUCGGACUGCGGCACAUGCCUUCGGUCGGCGAUAGCUCGUCUCCGUCCGGAAACGCCAGGAGGAAAGGUAUUUACUCCGAGCUGCAACGUGAGGUUUGAGGUCUACUCCUUUUACGACCCCGACUUGGUGACUGUGGUGACGGUGGCAGCGCCCCCACCGGUCCGGCUUCUUUCUCCUCCUGCUCAGGUGACUGCACCUAAAGGAAGAAGCAAUAAAUCCACAUUGAUAAUCACUGCCAUUGCAGUUCCCGUUGGCGUACUUGUAGUGUUUCUCUCUCUUGCUUCUUGUUUCGUUUGGAGGAAAGGGACCACGACCCAUGAGCUCGUCCAAGAAGAAGCCGGCACGAAUAAAAUUACAAAUGAGGAACCCUCGCAAUAUGAUUUAGCUACAAUACAAGCUGCUACAAACAAUUUCUUUCGUCAAAACAAGUUGGGUGAAGGUGGAUUUGGUGAAGUUUUUCAGGUAGCAAAUCUUCAACAUCGAAACCUUGUGCGGCUACUCGAAUAUUGUUUAGAGGGAGAAGAAAAGCUACUUGUUUUUGAAUUUGUGCCUCAUAAAAGUCUAGACUACUUUUUGUAUGAUCCUGAGAAAAAUAUGCAAUUGGAUUGGUUAAAGCGUUAUAAGAUAGCAUGGGGAAUAGCUCGAGGAAUGCACUAUCUACAUGAAGAUUCCCGACUUCGGAUUAUUCAUCGUGACCUAAAAGCAAGCAAUAUCUUGUUAGAUAGUGACUGGAACCCAAGGAUUUCAGAUUUUGGUAUAGCCAGGAUUUUUGGAGUUGAUCAAACUCAUGCAAGCACUAAUAAAAUCGCGGGGACUUUGGGUUAUAUGCCUCCGGAAUAUGUAAGGAAUGGCAAAUUCUCCAUUAAAUCCGAUGUCUAUAGUUUUGGUGUCCUACUUCUAGAGAUCAUCACUGGAAAGAAGAAUGAUCAUUUCUGCCAAUCAGAUGGGGGUGAAGAUCUAGCUAGCUAUUGUCACUGA